CUACUCCAGUAUCUUUGUAAUAAUCAACAUUUAGUAAAUAAGACAGACAUUUUACUUGACAUGGCUAUACAAAUUUGUGCUGCUAUGAAAUUUUUAGAACAAUCUGGUUUUAUACACAGAAAUUUGGCUGCUAGAAAUUGUCUGGUUGGUGAUAGGAAUAUUGUUAAAGUUGGUAGUUUUAGUUCAGCAAGAUUUGUUCCUGAUGAUGAGUACAAAGCAUCUGUAGGUGCCAAGUAUGCUGUUAGGUGGUCAGCACCUGAAGUCAUCACUCAUGCUAGAUUUAGCAGCAAAUCUGACAUUUGGUCAUAUGGUAAGCUACAAUAUCCUAAAGAUCGGCCAUUAUUUUCAGGUCUCUCUGAUUCUCUCAAAGCCAUGGUAGGGGACUAUAGUGAUGCAGUAGACCUUAAUAAUAAUUAA